GUCAAAGUCGUCUCUCUAUCUACGCAUCCGGGAUAUUUGAAGCCGUAAUAGUUGUCUAUGACGGCUGAUUUCUUCGAUUAAGAGGUUAAAUGCACACAAUGCAAUUGUUCUAGAAGGCUGAUGCGGAUUUGUGUUUAUAUUUUUAAAACUCAGAAGUCUGCUUUAGCUGAACUUCCUUGAUGUACAUUUAUGUAUAUGAUUUUCAGCUGAAGAAUUUACUACAGGCUAUUAAGGUACAGUUGUUUAACAAGAGUCUGAGCUCCUGAAGUACGUUCUGCCAGUGAUCAGGGUAAAAUUGUUUACAGAGAGACUUCUGCCCACCAGCAUUAGUAGAUCAUAAGAAGUGUUCCAUGGAGAUUUUGUAGUGAGAUCAGGAUAGAGUAGGUUGUGUAUAUGCACAUCGGAAUGGAUUUGCAAUUCAAACACGUCUUGUUGAUUUUUCUCUUGUUACUAGUACAAUAUGGUUCUGUUACAGCGGAUUCAGAAAACAAUACUUCACAAAGGCUAAUAACUGCUCCAUUGAAGGAGACAAUAGGAAGUGUUAUAGACGGUACCAAUUUAGGUGAAGUCUUUAAAUCUGAUACUGUUACUGAUGAACUUGAGGGAACAAACAGUGGGAACGGCAGGGUUUCAGUGACUACUGUUGCUUUGUUCACAUUGGCGAUGGCUGCUGCUACUGGUUUGGGUGCCUUGCCAUUCUUCUUUGUUGAACUUGAUGCUCAGUGGGAAGGGAUUUGCAAUGGGAUGGCUGCGGGAGUGAUGUUAGCAGCAAGCUUUGAUCUAAUACAAGAAGGGAGGGAUCAUGGGAGUGGCAAUUGGGUUGUACUUGGUAUUUUGGCGGGUAGUGUUUUCAUAUGGCUAUGUAAGAAGUUCCUUGAGCAUUAUGGUGAAGUCAGUAUGUUGGACAUAAAAGGAGCCGAUGCAAGCAAGGUUAUUCUCGUAAUUGGAAUCAUGACUCUUCAUUCUUUUGGGGAAGGUUCUGGAGUUGGGGUAUCUUUUGCUGGCUCAAAAGGUCUCUCUCAGGGUCUUUUGAUAACUUUAGCUAUUGCUGUUCAUAAUAUACCAGAAGGCUUAGCCGUUAGUAUGGUUCUUGCAUCAAGAGGAGUUUCUCCACAGAAUGCUAUGUUAUGGAGUGUGAUUACCUCAUUGCCCCAGCCUCUUGUAGCAGUACCUUCCUUUAUAUGUGCGGACGCCUUCAACAAAUUGCUGCCGUUCUGUACGGGAUUUGCAGCAGGGUGUAUGAUCUGGAUGGUUGUUGCCGAGGUUCUUCCAGACGCAUUUAAGGAAGCCUCUCCUUCUCAUGUUGCAUCUGCAGCUACACUUUCAGUCGCCUCUAUGGAAGCACUUGGUGCCAUGUUCCAAAAUUUGGGCCUCAACUACAAUUCAGAAGGUGCUUCUGGCUUCCUUGUGUCGUUACUAUUUGGUCUUGGUCCCUUGCUGGGUGGCAACAUUCUUGUUGCCUUUGCUCUUGCAUUCCAUCUUCAGCAUGCUCUUCUCACCGGUGUUGCAUCUGGUAUCGCCUUCGUUCUUGGAGCCUGGAGACCACUUCAAUUGCUAUUUUCUUCCAAAAUGGGAUUCGUCACACUCACUUUUCUUCUCGCAAUGGGGUCGGGAUUCACACACAUCUCUACUUCCAUGGCAACUAAAAUCGUGACCCGGAAAAAGACUUCAGCAAACACCUUAUCUGAUGCAACUGGCAUCACAAUGAGUGCACUCACGCUGCAGUCGAUCCUAUCAUGUCUGACCGUGGCUCUCCAUGCUCUAGCCGAGGGACUCGCUUUAGGUGUGGCUGCACCAAAAGCUUAUGGGUUUGGUAGACACAUGGUCCUGCCGGUUUCUCUUCAUGGGAUCACUCGUGGAGCUGCUGUUGCAAGCUGCAUUUUCGGAGCAACAGACAGUUGGUAUGGAUCGUUGGCGGGGUCCGGCUUGAUCGGGAUCGUGGGCCCCAUUUCUGCUAUUGGAGCCAUACUUGCUGGGAUUGAUUACAGUGGUUUAGACCAUUUGAUGGUGUUUGCUUGUGGGGGUUUGAUCCCAUGUUUUUGGAGCAUGCUUAGAAGGGCAAUGAGACUGGAUAAACAAAAAAGCAUCGUUGGUCUUAUAACCGGCAUCGGUUUUGCGAGUGUCUGCUUGAUGAGCACAAAGUUGGUUUGCUUGCAUACCCCUUACUGCAACUCUGCACCAGAGGCUGUGAGAUGAUGGAUUUCUAGAUAUCUUAUCUUUCCGAAUCAACAGCCGCUGCUUGUUUAGCACACGAGAUCGGGAGUCAGAAAUCAGAAUAUAGAGAGAUAGUUGUUGGGAAAAAAGAAAAGCUCCGGAAAUCAGAUUAUUUCUAUGGCACAGGUACGACAACACUACUAUAGUAUAUGCUACUUUAGAUUUGUUUUGGUCUAUGGUUCUAAUGGUUUUCGGGGUUUCUCCCACUAAUUCGUAACAUUUCAC